GUUUUAUGGAGAGCUCCCAAGAUAGAUGGGGAACUUGUUAUAUUUGGAGACAUUGGCUUUGUCUAACAACAGUUUCGAGGGUUCUAUUCCAAUGGAGUUUUGCAGCUUGAACACUUGAAAUUUUGGAUAUUUUUCGAAACAAUUUAUCCGGCUCUAUACCGUCCUGCUUCGAUCCCCCAAACAUAAAGCAUUUCCACCUUCAUGGGAAUAGAUUGAGUGGUCCAUUGUCACUUGCUUUUUAUAAUAGCUCUUCACUUGUGACAUUAGAUCUUGGAGGAAACAAUUUAACCGGUACGAUUCCGAAUUGGAUUGACACUCUUCCUUUUUUGAGUGUGCUUCUCUUAAGAGCUAAUCAUUUACAAGGUGAAAUUCCGGUUCAAUUAUGCAAGUUCGAUUCCUUGAGCAUUAUAGAUCUCUCUCAAAAUAUGUUUUCCGGUUCUAUACCUUCUUGUUUGGGAAAUUUAACUCUUCCAUGGGAAGAGAACAAGAUCAUGCGUGUAUUUAUACCACCGGCAGGAGACACUUUUUCAACAGAAACAAAAUAUUUAUUUCCUUACAGCUAUACUGAAGAACGGAUAGAUUUCCAAACAAAGAGUGGGUUCUACUCGUAUGAGGGCAACAUCCUUAAGUACAUGUCUGGGAUUGAUUUAUCUUGCAACAAGUUAACUGGUCACAUCCCACACGAAUUAGGAAACUUGAGUGAAAUCCAUUCUUCAAACUUGUCACACAAUGACCUGAUUGGAGUUUCAUUUUCAAAAAUUAAGCAGAUUGAGAGUUUGGACCUUUCCUACAAGUUGAGUGGUGAAAUCCCAAACCAGUUGGUGGAGUUGAACAAUUUGGAGGUUUUCAACGUUGCAUACAACUUGUCAGGCAAUAUUCCAGAAUCAAAAGCUCAAUUUGGUACCUUCAUUGAAAAAAGUUAUGAGGGGAACCCUUUUCUCUGUGGACCUUUACUGCAUAAAAGUUGCUCCAAAACCGAUGCACCAUCAACAGUUUCAAGUACAUCAGAUGAUGAUGAAGGAGAAGAUAGUUGGGUAGACACAUAUGUUUUUUGUGCGAGCUUUGGAGUUUCCUAUGCAGUGAUGUUGUUGACAGUUUUUGUCGUACUUUACAUAAAUCCACAUUGGCGAAGAACUUGGUUUUCUUUCGUUCGGAAGUGCAUCACCACCUGCCGCUACUCAACCGUGGGCAAUUUUCUUGCGUAUCACAUCUCCAGAAUUUAUCCUUAGCUGUCAUGAAGAUUUCAAUGAAGUUGGUUGGUGUUGAUCCAAGG